AUGAUUUUAUGGGAAUGGAGAAGAUUGUAUAGGCAAAAGAUACGCCAAUUGGUUCCAAAGAAUCGUUAUAACUAUAAAGAUUUAGGACAUAAAAAAUUAGCUAUUAGUUUUGUUCUAUUUUUUGUUGGAUGGAAGAUACUUGGAUUAGUUAUACAUGAUAAAAUUGUAUAUAGAUGGGAUGAAAAUCUUGGAGAUUUUAGAUAUUUUGAAGUUAAAGAAGUUAAGGAGAUUCUUAAAAAAAAUCAAAAGGAAGCUUCUAAAAAAGAAGAUUUAAAAUCUAAAACUGGUAAAGAUGAAAUUACUCUUCCCAAGGCUUUCAUACUUGAUACAGAUGACUGA